CGGAGAGGAACCGCCCUACACCGCCACUGUAAUGUGAUUCUCGCUGUACCUGCUGCGCCUACCGACCGCUCUCUCGUUUCUCUACAUGCGCACAGCGGCACUACUCUCAUUCUCACUGCAGACUUUCCGUUCAGUUGUAGCCAACUGUUCGCCACUGUCGCACAGGCGCCGCCAAACAAAUAUUUUUUAGGAUCAAUAUAGGCUUUCAAGCGGCUCAACGCCCAACAAUUCGCUACAUUGUAGCAAGCAGGCAGCGAGAUAAGAAGAUACAUCGAUUUAUCGAUACAGUGUAACGUUAUUUUAUCUCUCGCUUCAGAACCAGUCUCGAUACAACGCCGGAACGACAAAUCUCAAACAUGAAGAAAUGUUCGGCGUGGUCGCUCUUUCUAGUGGUUUCGCUGCUAACUGUGAAAGCUCUGUCCCAGAAUUCAGAUGGCUUUGACCUGUCUGAUGCCUUGGAUGACGUGUCUAUAGCAACAGCCACCCCCAAAGCAGUAGAAGGGGCAGGAGCAGAUGAGGAGAUCACCCCCACUAAGGCUCCUCCUAAAGCCCCAGCCACUAAGGCCCCGUCACACAAGCCCAAGCCACCCUCUGAUGAGUUUGACCUGAGUGAUGCUCUGGAUCCCAACAAUGACAUUGGAGGGAAGGACAAGAACAAGGGACAAGCAGAUAAAGGUAUUGGAGGAGGAGGCAGGGGAGACAGAGCCCCCAACAACAGAGGAGGGAACGGGGGUGGACAUGGUGGAGGCCAGUCUGCCGCCGAUGACAACAACCUUGACACCAUGGCUGAGACCGGAACCAUCGCCGGGAUCAUCAGUGCCAUUGGCUUGGCGCUGGUUGGCGCGGUCACCAGUUACGUCUCCUACCAGAAGAAGAAGCUCUGCUUCAGCAUACAGCAGAGCCUGAAUGCGGACCUGGUGAAGACUGAUAACCCAGACGCUGUGGUGGCCACAGAACCACAAGUUCAACAGACUCUUCUGGAGCCCCCCAACGCUGAGCCUCCUAGUCAGGAUAACACUGUCUAAUAUCCCACCCGUCCGUCCGGCCUCAUCCCCCAACGCUGAGCCUCCUAGUCAGGAUAACACUGUCUAAUAUCCCACCCGUCCGUCCGGCCUCAUCCCCCAACGCUGAAACUCCUAGUCAGGAUAACACUGUCUAAUAUCCCACCCGUCCGUCCGGCCUCAUCCCCCAACCUACACACACACACCUGCACACACACACGAAGAGGGUGUGACAACACACACUUACACGCCCUCACAUUGGGAAUACCCCCCCCCCCCCCCCCCACCUCCUACGCCAACACACACUCACCACUUUUGAAGGAUAGUUCCAUCCCCGUUAUACCUUAAGAAUUGUAGAUAGACGGUGAUCAGCAAACUCUGUCUGAAAUGUAGAGUUCCACUGACAUCCAUGUUGACGCCACCAAGUUCCAUGUCAUUCUAGAAUCUUAAUGUCAUUCUAGAGUGGGAAUGGUAUUGUGACAUCACUAUGGUUCGCCGACCUCUGUAGACCUACCCCCGCCACACUGUGUGUACAUAUCAUUUUAUUUAUUUUAACUGUUUUAAACACCACUAAUAUGCCUGUUUACAAUUUGAUUAUGAAGGAAUGGUAGCCUAAUCCUAGAUCAGUUUUUAUUUAACAAUGAUAGUCAGAGGAUUUGCUAUACUUAAGCACAUACAGAUCCUGGACCAGGCUUUCAUCUUGGUAUAUCUUGAAAGAUAGUAUGGUACAUAGUAUAACCCACAUACUUUCCCCCUAACUCUGUUAUCCAAUCAAAAAUCUUAACCAAAUAAUUACCCCCCCCCAUUCACCCCUAGUACAUAUAUCCCCCCCUAGUACAUAUAUUCCCCCCAUUCCCCCCUAGUACAUAUAUUCCCCCCAUUCCCCCCUAGUACAUAUAUCCCCAUCAUUCCCCUCUAGUACAUAUACCCCCCCCCCAUUCCCCCCUAGUACAUAUAUUCCCCCCUAGUACAUAUUUCCCCCUCAUUUCCCCCUAGUACAUAUAUCCCCCCCAUUUCCCCCUAGUACAUAUAUCCCCCCCAUUCCCCCCUAGUACAUAUAUCCCCCUCAUGUGAUUUUUCUACCAUUUCUACCUUCAUGUUAUUGUCCUAAAGAAACAGUUUUGCAGUGGUUUCUUCCAUAAGUUAAUGUUUAGAAGCUGCAUUUUUAUAGCCUGGUUGUCAGUCUGUUUGUGCUUUCUUGCCAACUCCUUAUCACUCAUUGAAAUGGCAGUCGUAUGUACUGCAUGACGAUGACAGAAAUAGAAUUGAUAAGAGCACAACCAGAUCUGGGAACCAGGCUAGCACUUUUCUAGUGUUGAUUUUAGGAUGAUGUUUUAUUUUUUAUGAAGCGAUGUUCAUUUGAAGAACUCAAUGACUUACUUACUCCAGAGCUGCUGCGUAAAUGUCCAUGAUGUGAUUUGCGUUUGUUUUAAGAAACUGAAGAGAAUAGAAGCUCUUUUCCAAUGUCCAUACUAGCAUACUACUUAGGGAACAAACCCGUGUAUUGGGUCCUAGCAUUCUAAGUAGUAUGCUAGGAUGGACAUUGGAGCACACUCAAAGGCUCUGUUCCAAUAGCCACACUAGUGUACUGCUUAGUGAACGAUACCAGUGAAUUUGGCGUGCAUUCUAAGUAGUAUGCUAGUAUGAAUAUUGGGAGUGUAGCCUUUAAGUCCACUUGUGUGGAACAUGGGAAUGUGAUGAAGAUACACAAUGUAUAAAGACUAGUUAGUAUCUGUUUUGUCUUAUUGAGAUAAUGCCUGUGCUAGAGAAAGUGAAGUAAACGUGAAAUCGAAGCCUAGUCGAACUUAAAACUUCUUGAUAUUGAAGUAACGUAACGGUUGCGUCCCAGACUGCAUUGCAUCAACCAACGGUUGCGUCCCAGACUGCAUUGCAUCAACCAACGGUUGCGUGUCACGUCAGCGAGUGCGUAGUCGGGCAUCGCAUUGCUAUAUCAAUGAGUUGUUUAGCAGAUAUGGGACAGAAUUACACACCUAUCCAGGCGUUGUGACUUCUGGCAAGCUUCUGCAAUGUAGUCAUCCUGGAACGAGCCCAGUGGUUCUGUAGACUGGACAUUUGUUUGACUGGACAUGGCUAUACAUAGACUUGUGAAGUUCUUCAGAUUGAGCUAUUUGCUAUAUGAUAUCAGAGUUAGUUCAUCUCUGUGAUUUGGAUAGUGUUUAUACUAGCUGUUGCUUGUUGUUAGGAAAGGUCGAGGUGAAUUACAUUUCAAUUCACUUUAGUUCAUUCAAGAAGCAAAUUCAAAUUCCAUGUCAAGAAUUUAGAAAAUCUUUCAUUAAAAAAUAAAUGGCACAUUUCAAUUUGAUUUUGAAUUUAAAAUCACGCCUUUGAAUUGAAUGAUUUGAAAUGGAAUUGGCCCGAAUCCUGAUUAGGAGACUAGUAAGUGGAAAGUGAAGCUUGUAAAUUGCAGCGUGAGCAUAUUUCUGUGUUUUUACUAUUUAAUUGUUGUAUGAUCGUAUUCCUUGAUAUUACAGUGUAUCGUAAUGAUCUAUACACUCGUUCCUAAGUGUGUUUUUAUUCAAAUCGUUUCCGUCUCUGCUCCCCCACUCUUUCUAAACGAACGUUGCUUACAAGAGUGGCUUUUGUCUUAACUACUUAGCUGAACUUAUCUAAAUAUUGUUUUAGAUAUAGAAGGUUUCCAAGUGAUUUUAUUCCAGAUAACAAAACAAACCUUUUUAGGGCAGAUACUCAAAUGACACCCUCUUCCCUUUGUAGUGCACUAUUUUAUUCUAUAUAGGGAAUAGGGUGUGAUUUGGGAUGCACUCUCACUGGAACCUGCGCCCUGUUCUGUUCGGCUCCCUUGUUGCCUUGGAAACGCAGCUCUAGAACCACUCCUCCUGUGAGGUUGAGGCGCUCUCCCUACCUGCGUAUACUCUCCGCCUUUAACACCUGCACCAGGAUCAGUUACUAUCUUACUUAUAAUGGAUAAGAAAGAUUUAGGUUGGAGGAACUGUUGUUAACCCUUUGAUAAAUAAGGACAGAACAUUCCAUCCUUUGUCAAUCGUUCUUAUUAAUUCUAGCCGUUGACAUCAUGAAGGACCGUAGCAUUCCGGGAUAGGACAAUAGAACUGUCCAGAACUUCCACUCUACAAAGGGUUAAUAACUGUUAGUCAACCUUCUCCUCUCCUGUCAUCCAGAUGCAGGUGCUGCAGUACUGAUGGUGCUUCUCUCUAUGCCUUAUAACCUGCUGGCUCCCGCAAUACUAAACACACAGAACUAGAACCAAUAGAAUGGAAUGUUCAAUGAGUAGAAUUCAGAUUCUAUUAGUGCUUUUCUCAGUGUUCUACACAUGAAACAGUGUGGGAACCACCAACCAAAUAUCAGUGGUUUGGUUUGUCUUUCUAUGGCUAAAAAACACCUCCCAUGACAGAGCUGUGCUCACACAAAAGAAACAAUGAAUGUUAAACGAAUGUACUCUUUCUCUAAAUCUGUUGCGAUAGCGAUCGCUCGUAGCAAAUGUUCUUAAAGCCCACCAAAGAUAUGUUGAAUUGCUGAUUUUAAGAUAGGACAAUAUUGGACCUUGGUGUUGUGCUUUGGGUUGAAUGUUUCACUCAUUGACUGGCACUAAACAGAGUAGAGGAAGACACCCCUUCAAUUUUUAAAAAUAAGAUUGCACAUGUGGUAGUUUUGGGAACAUUCAAAAAUAAUGAAAACAUAAGUGAAGACCUUUCAAUACAGACCAAUUGAAUGCUUACAAGUGUCUUCCUGUACGCUAAUAACAUCACAUACAAAUCUAAACAUUAAAAUUACAUAGAAAUUCCUUACAAAUAUGACCUUUUUUUAAACACGGAUUCAGACUGUUAGAACUAAGAAUCCCCCACCCCCUAUCCUUAGAGACAAAGCUUGGUAGAAAUUAGACAAUUUGAAGAGCACAGAGUUGUGUGAGUGAGAUUUGCCUGUGUGGUGAGUACCAUCUUCUAGCACUAUGGUUCGGAAUGGUAUUAUGGUGCCUCUUGGUUGCAGUAUGGAUAAUUUGCCUGAUUUUGAAAAUUAGAGGUGUUUCGAAGAUGUAAAAAAACGAAUAGUUCAUACAGUAGUCCGUGAACUAGGAGUUGCUGCAUGCCCAAUAGUUUGCAGUCUUAAGGCUUUGAGGUUGCCCUUUUGUUUAUAUGUUUUACGGUAACAGACAUAUCAGCAGUUGGAUCCCCUUAAAUCUUGGGUGCUCCUCUACUACACACAUGACGGUAACGGGCUAUAACAGAACUGUACAGAAAUGAAAAGCAUGUUUUUGGAUAUUUAGCUGUAGUCUUUGGAAGUUUUCCUCAUUGGGUUAUCAUUGGGAUGGCCUGGGUGCCAGUCUAUUUCUGCUCUCUUGCCAACUCCUUACGGCUUGAAAAUGACAGCAAUGGAGUUGGCAAGUAACAAGAGCACAAACAGAUUUGGGACUGGAGUGAAGUUGGACCAGAAGUAGUGGUUGGUGAAUGUGAGGGUAUUUAUACACUGCCAGUAAAGUCUAGGAUAAGAACAUUAAGAAUUGGACUGUUAUGUCAAGAGAAACCAGGAAGGAACUAUUCAUAUGAGCCGAUAAGUUCCAAUCCAGCUCUAGUCACCGCUGGCUCUGUUCAGAAGUAUUUCACUAGUAUCUAGGGAAUAUGCUGUUAUUUCAGACACCUCAAUUUGGUUAUCUGUGCAGAUAUACUUCCCCUAAGAUACGUUGUGACAUCAAUGUCCCAUCCUUCUUAAUCCCGUUCUAGUGUGAUGUCAUCCAGUCCUUACACUAGCGUUACUCCAACCCCACUGACCAGUUAGAACACAGGGCUCUUAUGACAUGACAAUGUACAUGAUGUAUUCCGACUGUAUUCAAUUCAGAUAUGUACACAGAAUGGCCUUCUGCAUGCAUGGAAUCCACGCCUGAUUCACUAGUGCCUGUCAAUUGACCCACACAAUUUGACAUGUAUGCAUAUACACAUACUUAUGCACGCAAACACACAGUUAACAAAGAGCCACUGGUAACUUGGACAACUUCUUAUAAUACUAAACAGAUAUGUAAUGACAGAUUAUUCCUAUACUGCUGCAGUUCUAUACAUCUAUAUUUCACUGCUGUCUCGCUCACUGGCAAAUACAUUGUGGAACGACGACAUUCAUACGAUCAAUCAAUGAAACCCAAUAAAAUUUGAAAAGAAAGAA